GGAAGCGCGAGCGCCGGGCGCCGGGCUGUCAGUGAGCGUGGGGCCAGCGAGCAAGCGAGCGAGCGAGCGAGAGAGAGCCAGCGAGCGGCUCCGGCUCCGCGCCGCGCCGCGCCCGCUCGCCUCUCCCCGGCCGCCGCCGCCUCCAGCCCGCGCCCCGCGCCCGGGGUCGCCCCUCGCCCCGCCGCCCCUCCCCCGCCCGCCCCCGCCCACCCCGGCCCUCGCCGGCUGCCGCUCCCCGGCGGAGGCAAGAGGUGGUUGGGGGGGACCAUGGCUGACGUUUUCCCGGCCAACGACUCCACGGCGUCUCAGGACGUGGCCAACCGCUUCGCCCGCAAAGGGGCGCUGAGGCAGAAGAACGUGCACGAGGUGAAAGACCACAAAUUCAUCGCGCGCUUCUUCAAGCAGCCCACCUUCUGCAGCCACUGCACCGACUUCAUCUGGGGGUUUGGGAAGCAAGGCUUCCAGUGCCAAGUUUGCUGUUUUGUGGUUCACAAGAGGUGCCAUGAAUUUGUUACCUUUUCUUGUCCGGGUGCGGAUAAGGGACCUGACACUGAUGACCCCAGGAGCAAGCACAAGUUUAAAAUCCACACCUACGGGAGCCCCACCUUCUGCGAUCACUGUGGGUCACUGCUGUACGGACUCAUCCACCAGGGGAUGAAAUGUGACACCUGCGACAUGAACGUUCACAAGCAGUGUGUGAUCAAUGUCCCCAGCCUGUGUGGGAUGGAUCAUACGGAGAAGAGGGGACGGAUCUACCUGAAGGCCGAGGUCACCGAUGAAAAGCUCCACGUCACGGUACGAGAUGCAAAAAACCUGAUCCCCAUGGAUCCCAACGGGCUUUCAGAUCCCUACGUGAAGCUGAAACUCAUUCCUGAUCCCAAGAAUGAAAGCAAACAAAAAACCAAAACCAUCCGCUCCACGCUGAACCCGCAGUGGAACGAAUCCUUUACCUUCAAAUUAAAACCCUCCGACAAAGACCGACGACUGUCUGUAGAAAUCUGGGACUGGGACCGAACAACAAGGAAUGACUUCAUGGGGUCGCUCUCCUUUGGCGUCUCGGAGCUCAUGAAGAUGCCAGCCAGUGGAUGGUACAAGUUGCUGAACCAAGAAGAAGGUGAAUACUACAAUGUGCCCAUUCCGGAAGGGGACGAAGAUGGGAACGUGGAGCUCAGGCAGAAAUUCGAGAAAGCCAAGCUGGGGCCCGCUGGCAACAAGGUGAUCAGUCCCUCGGAAGACAGGAAGCAGCCGUCCAACAACCUGGACCGAGUGAAGCUCACCGACUUCAACUUCCUCAUGGUCCUGGGAAAAGGCAGUUUUGGGAAGGUGAUGCUGGCGGACAGGAAGGGCACGGAAGAGCUGUACGCCAUCAAGAUCCUGAAGAAGGACGUGGUGAUUCAGGAUGACGACGUGGAGUGCACCAUGGUGGAGAAGCGGGUUCUGGCCCUGAUGGACAAGCCGCCCUUCCUGACACAGCUGCACUCCUGCUUCCAGACCGUGGACCGGCUGUACUUUGUCAUGGAAUACGUCAACGGCGGAGACCUCAUGUACCACAUCCAGCAAGUGGGAAAGUUCAAGGAGCCACAAGCAGUAUUCUAUGCAGCAGAGAUUUCCAUUGGGCUGUUCUUCCUUCACAAAAGAGGGAUCAUCUAUAGGGACCUGAAGCUAGAUAACGUCAUGCUGGACUCGGAAGGACACAUCAAAAUCGCUGACUUUGGGAUGUGCAAGGAACACAUGAUGGACGGGGUCACCACCAGGACCUUCUGUGGGACUCCAGAUUACAUCGCCCCGGAGAUCAUCGCUUAUCAGCCGUACGGCAAAUCCGUGGACUGGUGGGCCUACGGCGUCCUGCUGUAUGAGAUGCUGGCUGGGCAGCCUCCAUUUGAUGGCGAGGACGAAGACGAGCUGUUUCAGUCCAUCAUGGAGCACAACGUUUCCUACCCCAAAUCCUUGUCCAAGGAGGCCGUCUCCAUCUGCAAGGGGCUGAUGACCAAACACCCGGCCAAGCGGCUGGGCUGCGGGCCCGAGGGAGAGCGGGACGUGAGGGAACACGCCUUCUUCCGGAGGAUCGACUGGGAGAAACUGGAGAACAGGGAGAUCCAGCCGCCGUUCAAGCCCAAAGUGACUGUCUGUACCAAAACGCACUGGCUUCAGUGGGCAUCCAGGCCUUCGUGUGGCAAAGGAGCAGAAAACUUCGACAAGUUCUUCACGCGAGGGCAGCCCGUGCUCACGCCGCCGGAUCAACUGGUCAUCGCUAACAUAGACCAGUCUGAUUUCGAAGGGUUCUCGUAUGUCAACCCCCAGUUCGUGCACCCCAUCCUACAGAGCUCAGUAUGAAAGUCGCCGGCGAGACCCAGCGUGCCCACCCCUCCAGCCCCCAGCACCCCUAGCGGCGGGAAGUGAUCCUUAACCCUAAAAUUUUAAGGCCACGGCCUUAUGUUUUUGCUCCACAUGGAGGCCUGAAAAUUGUAGGGUUAUAGUCCCAAGGCGACCAGCUAUCCAGGGUCUCUCUCUUAAAACCAAGAACAUUAUGUUAGUGGAUACGCAAAUCGUGAACAGCGGCCGGUUUGAUCAUGUGGGAGUCGCACCUGGCUGUAGGCCAACCCCUCCUAGGUAGAAAGCAGGCCCUCGCCCCUCUUUUUUUUUUUUUUUUUUUUGGUACGAUUUGGUAUACUUCCCAUAUCCCGUGUCUGGCUGGAUUCUCUCCAUGAGGCUCCGCCCAAGCAGAGAUGCGAAAGUGAACCUGCCCCAGCCUGGUGGGCCGGAAGCACCUCCAACCAGGAGGUAAAGGAAUGGGGAGCCCGGAGAGGGGCGGGGGAGGUCUGCGAGCUGCCGACCACGGUCUGUGCCUCGGUGGAAACGACCGACCCCCUGGGUGUGAGAGGCCGGGACAAGACUACUUACUAUUCCCCGACAUCGACACGGCGUCACCAACUCUAGCCCAGCUUCCAAAACAAAAAAAAUCUCUGAUGAGCCUUGGGCGACGAUCUGUCCUCUGGUCCCCUGCUUGGUUGAUAACUGUCUUGACACUUGCAUUUGUUUUUGUUGUUUUUUUCCCCAAGAGGCCAAACCAUCAAGGACUUUGCUAAGUGAGCUUUUGUGGAAUCAUUUCAGAUCCAGGACGACGCGGUGUGUGCGCAUGUUCCUCUUGAUCUCGGGGAGAGUACACCCCGGUCCCGGGUGCCAUCAGUAACCAUGCCACUAACGCGUGUCAGCCAACCCCUGCCCCACCCCCACCGGUAUUUUGCUACCUAUGUUGUCACCCUCCCUAAGAAUCUGAAGUGUACGCCCCAUCCCCUUUUGUACUUAUUUAUUUAUUAAGCUGCAGUGACCUUUAGGAACGUACGAUGUUCAAUAACUUAACUUGACUCCAGCGUCAGUCCCCACCAAUAGACCCUCGUCCCGUUCCGAGGCCCUGACAUCCGCUUAGGGAUGGACGGCCACCCAGGUCGGGUUCCCAUUGAAUGACACACCUGGAGCUGUAGAAUCAGGACACCGGACGCUUUCUGGGUAGAAGGAUUUUAAUAAUGUUUUGCAGAUGCAUCAUGCAAUGAAUUUUGCAUGUUUAUAAUAAACCUUAAUUACAAGUGAAUCUAUAUUAUUGAUAUAAUCGUAUCAAGUAUAAAGAGAGUAUUAUAAUAAUUUUAUAAGACAUAAUUGUGCUAUAUUUGUGAAGGUUCAUGUUUCUAAUCAGCUUUUCUGGUUAAGUUUUUAGCUUAAUUCUUUGUUGUGGUGCCUCCCCGCCCCUCCCUGCUCCCUGCACAUGGGCCCUGUAGCUGACCUGUGAAUUUUUGUCACGUAGAUCAGACGUGAACGGCUCCUUCCCACGCCCAGUUAGGCUCUCGCUCUGCGUCUAUGUGCGUGCUCAAUCCUACCUGCAGACAGACGCGGUGUUGGUAGCGAUUACCUUAGAGAUGAGAAGCUCUGUUCACUUCUUAAUGCCACCUUGUGGUCGGGCCCCUCCCACUCUUCCUCUUGGGGGUAGCGGCAAGUCUUGUAGGCCACACGCAGGGGCCAUACAGGCACAGGUGGCGAUGUCACAGCCCCUGGGCUGAACCCUGCGUGUGUGUGUGUGUGUGCGUGUGCAUGUGUGUGUGUGUGUGUGCACAUGCAUACUACCUUUCAGCCUUGUGGCUGUUGGUGAUUCUGCGGUGGGAGGGACCGGGAGACUCCCUCCUUGUUCUGUGUCCCUGGGCACACUGGAAGCUUCCCCAAAUGACCUGAUGUUUGCUCCAGCAUGUGCAAGCUUUGCAAGUGGUGCCCUGUGGGUGCAGGGGUGAGGACAUCCGGCCUGGGGCCGUGUAAAGCCCCAGAAUCCUCUGGUCUGGCCCUGCCUUGGCAGUGGGAUUCAGGACGCACCAAACCCAUAGCAGGCUGAUUUCCAAGUUGAUAAUCGCGUAGAGCCCACAAAUGAUGUUACAGAUAUCCCAAUAGCCCUUGACAGAAAAAGCACCUGUCACCAGGAUUGGCCUCUCACAGCUCGGCCCAGACCCUCCCCCAGGGCGAGGGUCUCAGGAGCGCCAACUUCUGUAGCAUGAGGAAGAAGUACCAGCGAGCAAGGCAGUCGGUCCCUACUGCCAGCGGCCGUGCGUCCCCCAGCUGUUUGCACCAGCUUCACCUGCAGUGGGAGUGAGACCUAGGCUGUGCGCCUCGGCCCUAGCUCGAGGACCUCUGCAGGCUGCUGCUGGGCCACGCCCUCGCCGGGCACACAGAGCAGGGGCGGGUUUGUAGAAAGUGCCCAGGAGACCAAAGGGCCGGCUCCCCGUGCCGGGUGGCGCAGCAGCCAGGCUGACACCAGCCAGACCCCAAGAGACGAGGAGAGCCCUACCAAAGGGGUGCGUAGGGCUGUGGACCCUUUGCCUGGGGCUCCCUGGCUGCCUGCUCUUUCUGGCUGGGCAGCAGGGUCAGGCCCCCUGCAGACAGCCCACACCCAGCUCCCAAUCUGUCACUGAUGCUGGGAGAUCUCUCCAACCCCUCGGCUGGUGUGCGUCCUCUUAGAGUGCGUGCGAAAGCAUUUAAGGGACGGACCCUGGGCGUGGGGCCCAGCACUCUGCCGAAGGGACAGCGGGCUCUAGAGCGACUCAGAAGGGCAGGAAGGAAGAAGCAGGGCCGAGGGAGUGCUGCCGUGGGCUGGGCUGUUUGCACGGUGGAGGCUCUAGGCAGCUGAACAGGUGACUGUAAACAGCUCUCACCCCGCCCCCCACCAAAUCGGCCUAUGAAAGUCCAUACUGUUGUCCCGCAUCUGGGGCUGUGUGGAAAGUGACAGGGCAGGACAGGGCUUGCUGGGCCCGCUGCAGCCCCCUCGUGGGAGCCUGGCAUAGGAGGCCACCUUGGCUGGGGCAUCAAGUUCCCAGGGGACUCUCCACUAAGCCCCGGCUCUUGAGCACUGUGGCGUCGCCUGGGUCUGUCGGGGAGAACCCAGCACAGCCUGAUUCUCUGCAGGACCCACAAAAUCGCCUCGCGUUAAUUAGAGUGGGGUGGGGGCUCCCUCUCUGGCAGGGGCCCAUGGGCUGGCCGUGCAGAACCGUCUCCCGAGCUCAUCAGCCUUCCUCACUGUGACCUCGGGUAGAAAACCGGGGUGUCGGGCUGGCCCCGCGGCUCACUAGGCUAAUCCUCCGCCUGUGGCGCCAGCACACCGGGUUCUAGUCCCGGUCGGGGUGCCGGAUUCUGUCCCGGUUGCCCCUCUUCCAGGCCAGCUCUCUGCUGUGGCCAGGGAGUGCAGUGGAGGAUGGCCCAAGUGCUUGGGCCCUGCACCCCAUGGGAGACCAGGAGAAGCACCUGGCUCCUGCCUUCGGAUCAGCACAGUGCGCCGGCCGCAGCGGCCAUUGUGGGGUGAACCAACAGAAAGGAAGACCUUUCUCUCUGUCUCUCUCUUUCACUGUCCACUCUGCCUGUCAAAAAAAAAAAAGGCAAAGAAAACUGGGGUGUCCGGUGCUCUUGGGAAGCCCGGCCUGAGAUGGUGGAGAGAUCAGCAAAGGGCACGGGGGGUUGCAGCCUGGCCUGUGACUGUCACACGCCCCUCUGAGUUCAGGUCCUUAGCAGAGGGGCGAGGCUUGCUGGAAAUAGGCCACAGGAGCGCGUCCAGAGAGACAACUGCUGGUGGAGGGGAGGAAGCCGUGGCCCUGUCCCGCGGCUUUGCCGUGGGAGCCCAUGGGUGCAGACGGAAGCCACCGAGACUGUUCUUGCCAGACCUGGCCUGCUCCUCCUCCCUCAGCUGCCGGCAACACCCCCACCCACUGCUGGAGCCCCUGUCCCUGCCCGAAGUGGCUCCCAGUUCCCAGGGCGGAGCCAGGCCGGCUGGGAGGGUCCUGGGAUUCCCUCCGCAGCCCCCUGCUGAGGACCACAGCAGCUAAGGAGGGGUGGAGAAGUAGCAGAAAUGAGCCAGGCUGCCGUUCACCCCUGCCCAGGCUGGGCAGAACAAGCUGGGGGUUGGGGCUAGGGCUGGGCUCUGUUCUCUCCGCCGUGAGAGGGGCGAGUGCGAGCCUUUGGUUUUUAAAAGCCCGAGGCCACACCAUCUGACAGUCACUUUCUCACUUGGGUCAUCCGAAGUCGCCCACUGAUCACACCGUCUCUUGCUUCCAUGUAACCCAGCGAGGGCAGGGCCACCUGCUCACCCGCGGAGCAGGAAGCAGAGGCCGGGCCGGGGCUGCAGGGAACGGUGGUGGUGAGAGUUACAGGGACGGCGACAGCCAGGACCCUGAUGGGGAGCAGGUGGACACCCCGGCUGGUAGUGACAAGGCGUCUCAGGAAAUGUGUUUAAAACGCGUUCCCCUCGAGCCGCUCGGGUUGCUUGUUUGGACACGCGCUGGACAGGCGACAUCCCCGGCCCCUUCCCACCUGGGCCCAAGCAGCAAACGGGGGAACACUGUGGUUUCUGUGCCCAGAACACAGGGCAAGGCCACCUGCGCUACAGCGGGUGAAGGGAGCCACCUGGGAGUGGUGGCAGCCGCAGUCCCGUUCCCUCCAUAUGUCAGGGGCCGCCUGGGAGGGGCAGGAGCCCGCCCAGCCGUGAUCCCCGUCCAGGCCAUUGUGUGGGCUCCAGUUGACCGUGUAAAGUCCCUCACAGCCAUCAGUCAGUCUCAUCACAACCCUAAGCCUGAAGCCCACAAAUUCCAAAGACUUUUUUUUUAAACCUUAAAGAAGAAAUUAAUUUGUUAAUGCCAAAAGAACAAUUGAAUAUACUGGGCUAUUUGUACUUUUUUAUGGAGAACUUUAAUAACUCGAUUCUAAUUUUAAAAUUGAGUUUUUACAAUAAAGCUGAAGUCACCACUGUCAAUUUCACAAGAUUCCGAUUCCCGUGGAGUCUGUAGGCGGACUCCAGCGGGGUCAGCUAGAGCGCCCCCUACCAGGCCUUUCCGAGGCGAUGGGGUGUGGAGUAGUGAACACCAGAGACAAGUCUAGAAGCUUUCAGAUAACAGCUUUAGGGCCCCCAUCCGGACGUAGCCCUAGGGGAGCAUUCCCAGGGGUCUGGGGUCCCUUCCGUUGCUCUGGGAGACGUUGUGACUACUUUUGCCAGGAGGAGGGGACGCCUCCUCACUUCUGUCCCCAGUCCCCUGGGGUCCCCAGGUCUCCUGUUGGAAAGGAUUCAGAGAUGCCCUUUAAGGGAAAUCCCUCACUCUCCCAAGACGUAGGAGGCGGGGCGGCCUCACCUGCUGGCGUCAGGGUUUUGUUCACGUGGGAGGAGCCAGAACCCCCGACACCCCCCCCACACUUUGCAGAGAGCAGGUGUCAAGUCUGCCUUUUAAAGGGCAGCUUUGCGGUUUCUGAUCAGACAACCGUGUCUGUGUCUCCUCGGCUUGACUAAGGCCUCCGUUCCUGGGGUCGUUGCCAGCUUUGUGUCUGUCCUCUCUGGAAGGUGAGCCCUUGCUUGGGGGCUUAGUGCCCGAGCAUCCUACAUGAAAGCAACCUCCUGGCUGGAGUCUAAAGUCUCACCUGCUACCCUCUCCCUGUAGGGUCUUUCGGAAUAUCUUUUAUAGAUGGUCAGACACAUUUGAAAUCCUUGCUUUUUGCUACAUGAUGUGUGUGCGUGUGUGUGUGUGCGCGCGCACGCGUGCGUGUGUGUUUAAAUCAUUAACUCAGAAGCAUCAUGUAAGACGCCAAGUCUGCACGGAGGAAGAGACGGAAGGUGAGGGUUGUUUCCUUUCUGUAUAAGCACCUGUUGGCAAAACGUUUGGCUAGCGAGCAGGUGAGAUGGACAUGCUCCCCUCCCAUUUGUAUAACCUCUGACCUCGUUUGCAUGAGCUGCUUUGUUACACCCCCUAAUUGUGGUUUGGAAGCCAGUGUGUAUGAAUAAAGAUAAUGAUCAUUCCUCA